UCACACCCAAACUGGAAGGAACCUGUUCAGUCCGGGGCCAGCGACGCGCGGAACCAGCCCCGACGCGCGCCUCCCCUGCCCCCCAUCCUCCUCACUGGUUCCCCAGAUCCUCAGGGCGCGGGCGGACCCGGGAGCUGCGCUCAGAGAGGGGGUGCCGGGGCGCACUCGAUCGCCCCGGGCUCGAUCGCCCUCCCGCUCUCACUGCAGUCAAGUGCCGGGGUCCGAUCGGGCCGGGAAUCACACGGGCACGCGCGGAUGAGGGGAUGAGGGCGUCGGGCCAAGGACCCCAGAGGCGUCGGCAGGGAUGGGCGACUCGCGAUGGCUGCGCGGUUACCUUCUGUGACCCCCAGCCCCGGCAGGCGGCAGGCAGGGCGCGUGCCUUGCGCGGCCCCGAUCCACGUGGGCCCGCGCGCGCGCACCAGGCCGGCCCCCUCCUUGCAGGCGCUCGGCGCUCCCAGCACAUGGUCGGCGGCGGCGCGCCCCCGAGGCCGGCGGAGACCGGCUGCAGCCGAUCAAGAAUGACCCAAAAGAAUCCGAAGCUUUGUUCCAGAGCCAAUGUGUAUACCCAAGUGCCUGAUGGAGGAUGGGGCUGGGCAGUAGCUAUUUCUUUUUUCUUCGUUGAAGUCUUUACCUAUGGCAUCAUCAAGUCAUUCGGUGUCUUCUUUAAUGACUUAAUGGACAGUUUUGAUGAGUCCAACAGCAAGAUCUCAUGGAUAAUAUCAAUAUGUGUGUUUGUGUUAACAUUUACAGCUCCCCUCUCCACAGUCCUGAGCAACCGCUUUGGCCAUCGGAUGGUGGUGAUGGCGGGAGGGCUGCUUAUCAGCACAGGAAUGGUUGCUGCAUCCUUCUCCCAAAGGGUCUACCACAUGUACAUCUCCAUCGGGGUCAUCUCAGGUUUGGGGUACUGCUUUAGUUUCCUUCCAACUGUCACCAUUCUGUCACAGUACUUUGACAAAAGGCGUUCAGUAGUCACUGCGGUUGCUUCUACGGGAGAGUGCUUUGCUGUGUUUGCUUUUGCACCAGCCAUCACAGCUCUGAAGGAGCAUAUUGGCUGGCGAUACAGCCUCCUCUUCGUGGGCCUACUGCAGCUAAAUAUCGUGGUCUGUGGCGCCUUGCUAAGACCAAUCACUAUCCAAGGACCAGAGUCACCGAAAGCAAUCACUCACGAACCCCGGAGAGAAGUGCAAUAUAUGCUUGAAAAUGAGAAAACAAGAACCUCAAUAGACUCCAUCGACUCAGGAGUAGAGUUAACUACCUCACCAAAAAAUGUGCCUAGUCAAGCUAACACAGAGCAGGAAGCCAGGGCUGAGCAGCAACAGACCCUGGUGGCUGGCCCCAAGCACAGCCCGAAGGAAACCCCACUGCUAGACUUUUCUAUUUUGAAAGAGAGAAGCUUCAUCUGUUAUGCCUUGUUUGGCCUCUUCGCCACGCUCGGCUUCUUUGCACCUUCCCUGUACAUCAUCCCUUUGGGUAUCAGUCUAGGCAUUGACCGUGACCGAGCGGCAUUCUUACUAUCUACAAUGGCCAUUGCUGAAGUGUUCGGAAGGAUCGGGGCUGGGUUUGUCCUCAACAGAGAGCCCAUUCGGAAGAUCUACAUUGAACUCAUAUGCGUCAUUUUACUGACAGUGUCUCUCUUCGCCUUCACUUUUGCUACUGAAUUCUGGGGUCUCAUGUCGUGUAGUGUGUUUUUUGGCAUCAUGGUCGGGACCAUAGGAGGGACCCACAUCCCACUGUUGGCCGAGGAUGACGUCGUUGGAAUCGAGAAGAUGUCAUCUGCAGCUGGAGUCUAUGUCUUCAUUCAGAGCAUUUCAGGGCUGGCAGGACCACCCUUGGCAGGCCUACUGGUCGACCAGAGCAAGAUCUACAGCAGGGCCUUCUACUCCUGCGCAGCAGGCAUGUCCCUGGCUGCUGUGUGCCUCGCCCUGGUAAGACCUUGUAAAAAGGGCCUAUGCCAGCAUCCUCAUUCAGGUGGAAACCAGACUGACAGCCAUCACAGGAAGGCAUUACAGGACAUACCAGAAGACUUUCUGGAAAUGGAUCUUGGGAAAUGUGAGCACAGGGUUCAUAUGAAAAUGGAUCCAGUGUGACACAUUUUCAUGUCAUAGCUUCUAUGUUGCCUGGGAAAAGAGCCCCUGGGGCAGGUGCCAACCACAGGGCCCCAUCUUUAAAACUGCAUAAAGGGAAUGCAUGUGUGAACAGCAGUAUCAACAUCUUUCCCUUUCCCGUAAGUCCUUUUUGCUUGCUCUUUAAGCCAAAACCAAAACAACCAAACACUUUCCAUACAGGAAUCCAGCCCUAUUCAAUAGCAAUACAAAGAUGCAUGGAAGGGCGCUGGUUCACAUCCCAGCACUACAACAAUGCAAUGAACUGGCAAACUGGUGUUCAAAUUACUCAUGUGUGUAAACUAUUAUUUUAUAAAGUGACAUCCAGCCCAAGUCAUGCAAAUGAACUGGCCAUUCCAAAAAGAAAGAAAAAAAACAAUCUCCAAUCAUUUAAAAAAAGUUGCCGAUUUUCAGAAAUAUAGGUAAAUUUUUUUUUAAGCAAUUCGAAAAAUUAUUUAGGUUUAAAUUGACAAAUUAUUGUUUCUGAGUUUUUUCAGUAUUGCAUAGAAAGAAGGCAAUUCUUUAAGACUAAGCAUUUGAUUAAUAUGCAAAAAAAUUAAAAACGUGUAACAACUUGAACUUCAAAGAUUGCUACUUCUUUUUAUGUCCAGCCAUCACAAGUAUUUCAAUUGAAAUGUUAAAUCGCAUUUCCUGAAGAAAUAAGUGACUGUAGUAUUUUUUAAUUUAAACGGCUAUUUAUUAUUAAGUUAUUCUAGGAUGAUUAGAAUGAUCAAAAGAAGGGUAAAGGUGUUUGCUGCCAAGAUUUACGACUUGAGUUCAAUUCCUCGAAUCCACAUGGUAGAAAGAGAACCAACUUCUUUGAGUCAUCCUCUGACCUCUACACACAUGCUAUGACAUGCAUGUGCCCACAUACAUACACACAAAAAAAUGUUAAAAUGUUAAAAAAAAAAACCCUAAUAAUCAGAAUAAAUAAAAGAUGAUAUACACACUCACACACUCCCUCCCCUUUUUUCUUUUUGGUUUUAUAAGACAAGGUUUCUCUGUGGAACCCUGGCUGUCCUGGAACUCCCUCUAGCCCAGGCUGACCUCAAACUCAAGUGAGUGCUGGGAUAAUAGGUGUGUGCCACCUGGCUACACAGCAUUUUUUCUUUUACCUUCUUUCUGCAGCUCUUAAAAUUCUUCAGAGAGCAUUUCUAGUCUCAUAACAUUAAUCUCCUGACAGCCCGAGCUGUAAUGAGUCCUUGGCGUUGUUAAAGGCAAGGUGUGCUAUUUAAAGGGGGUGGGGGGUAAUGGAUGGCAAAUAGCCUGCAUUUUUAAAUUAUCACCUAAGAAUACUUGAGGAUCUUCUUUGACCAGAAUUAUACUUUUAUUGAAUUGUUGGAACAUUGAGUUUUUUGUUGUCGUCGUUGUUGUUAUUCAAUCUUUAACUGUUGAGGCAUUUCUUCGUUUCAUCUGAAGUAAAAGAAACGUUUCUGUCACUAUCACAAGUUACAAGUUGUAAUUUACAUCUUCCAUAGAACUCGAUUGUCCUAAGUUGCCAUGGGUACCAGGUACCUAGUCACUGCUGUUGGCAAGUUCCACUACAUGUGUGUAUAGUGUUCUGCAUUCUAGCACUUCUCUGUAAAGGGGGCAGUGUGAGGAUGAGGGGGGCUGCCUUCUUGCCUGUUUGACUGCAUCUCCCCAACUGGGUGGCCGGUACUUGCCGCUCAGUAUUUCCUCAUCUUUACUGUUCAAGACAACUCAGGGGGAACAUCGAACAAGCCUAGUUUGGUUACAACAGGUACACACAAGCUUGGAUCUUUCUCUGCACUUAAGAUGAUGGUGGUGUAGUUCUCACCACAGGCUGGCUACCUUUUAUACAGCAUCUUAUUAGCCAUAGAAAUGGGAUAAUCUGUAAAACUUUGGGGAGGGUGAGUGACUUGAAGACAGAGUGUCUGUCCAAAAAAGCCGGACACACCUUAAACAAGGUGGAUGUAGCAAAGCUCUGUGGGGCGGCCCCGAGAAACGCGUUAGGCUUGUGGGCAGCUUUGCAGACAUCAGUGACUUCAGCACUUUACGACCUAUUUUAUACUACGAAUGUUCAAUACGAUUUAAUAUUUAUAACUGAUUUCUGAGGGGUCUGCUCUAAGUUUGUUCUGUUUACUGCAUGAUGCAAGAACAUGUAUGCCCAAUUUCAGUAUGUCAACAAUCAGGGUUGUAAAUGUUGGGAAGGGAAAAGAAAAACACAGGAUCGCUGAUUUGUUCUGUAGGAGUGACAUUCCGGUACUUCUGGAUUUACAAUAAAUCUAUGGCUUUUUAUUUAAA